GUGUGGGGCCUUUGCUAUUGGCUUUACUGUCAGAGUUGGUUUCUGGGUCUCUUUGUUCCCCGGGGGUCAGCCACUCUCCGUUGGUGACAUCCCACGCCAGCUUUUGGACUCGAGUUGUUGCUCCCCAGAGAGUUGGAAGUGGGCUGUGUGGAAAUUAUCUCUCACUGACUGAAAAUGCAGGAAGCUUGAGUGUGAAACUCACUCAUCAAAAAGAAAAAACACACACAGAGCAAGAAACCACAGGGCUUAUCAGCCUGUCGUCAUCAAGCAGACUAGAAUAGUGCAGAGAACUCUAGGCAGAGAGGAAAUGAACUUGAGAGAAGGGGGAACACACAGGGCAGAGAGGAGAGAAAGAGGGCGGGAGUGGAAGGAGCGAGCUGCAGGGUAGGACCCGCCAUGGUGGGAGGAUGGAAGACGUGGCGGUGAAGCAGGGCUUCCUGUACCUUCAACAGCAGCAGACCUUUGGAAAGAAAUGGCGCCGUUUCGGGGCUGUGCUGUAUGGACAGUCGGGCUGCGCCCUGGCCAGGCUGGAGCUCCAGGAGGGCCCGGAGAAGCCGCGCAGGGGAGAGGCUGCCCGGAGGGUGAUCCGCCUCAGCGACUGUCUGCGGGUGGCGGAGGCCAGUGGGGAGGCCAGUGGCCCCAGGGACACCAGCACCUUCUUCCUGGAGACCAAGGAGCGCCUGUACCUGCUGGCGGCCCCCACGGCCGAGCGUAGCAACUGGAUGCAGGCCAUCUGCCUCCUAGCCUUCCCGGGCCAGCGGAAGGAGCUGCCGGGGCCGGAGGGGAAGGGCAGCGGGCCCUGCAUGGAGGAGAAUGAGCUGUACAGCAGCACGACCACAGGGGCCUCCUGCAAGGAGUUUGCUGUGACCAUGAGACCCACGGAGGCCAGUGAGAGGUGCCGGCUCCGGGGGACCUACACCCUCCGGAGCAGUUCGCCCAGCACCCCUGCACCCACCUCCCGGCCGCGCCCGGAGGGGGAAUAUGCAGUGCCCUUCGAUGCGGUGGCCCGUAACCUGGGGAAGAGCUUGAGGGGCAUCCUGGUGGUCCCUCCCCAGCCCCGGGCUGACCCUCUGUAUGACAGCAUCGAGGAGCACCCGCCUUCACGAUCCGAACACAUAUAUGAUGAGCCCGAGGGCGUGGCGGUCCUGUCCCUGUACGACAGCCCACAGGAGCCCCGGGGUGAGGCCUGGAGGAGGCAGGCCACAGCCGACGGAGACCCCAGCCACCCCCAGCACAACUACCCAGUGGGGCAGGUCUUCGCUGCCUCCGGUUUGCCACGGGAAACCGAGUAUGACAACGUCAUACUUAAGAAAGGCCCGAAGUGAUGGAGGGCAGGGCAUCUGGACCCCAUUGAAUGCCAGCACUGAGCCAGGCGUACCAGGAAGGGGCUGGAGGCUGGUGAGAGGAGUGGGAGGGGGAAGGCAGGCCUCCCUUCUAGCUGCUGCCGAUGACUCCUCCUGCCCACCUCGUCCCAGGAGCCUUCCUGGCUCCUCGCACACAACCCGAGGACAGGGCCUGCUGGGUCUGCUGCGUGAGUCACGACCCCGAAGCAGGAAGAAUGCCCUGGAGAGACCCACCCUCCUCCCACCCUUUCCCACUUCCUCUUGUCCUUUCCGGGGCCUGAGGGAAUCUCAGGCAUUCAGGAUAGCAGAGAGAAGGGUGUCAGCAAACGGCUGGCUCCCCGGGCUUGCGCAGGCCUCCAGGCUCGUGGGUGUCGGACUUCUCUGUGGCAUUAAACCUUCCUGAAGUGUUUUUGUGUGGCAA